AUUCUUAUCAGGUAGAUCAGGCUAUAUUAGACUUGUUAUAUUUGUAACUAUGAAAGAUCCACUUUCAGAAUGAGGAUGCAGACAGAUAAUUACUUAGGUAUUAAUAGAGAUCUUAGAUAGAAGAUCUAAAUAAUGUAACAUGACCUGGUGCACAUUGAAAUAUGAAAUAAGGACUUCAGCUCUAACACAGCAGCUGCCUAAGCUAUUACUAAACUUGAAGCUUUUCAGCUCUUCAGUGAAUUCAUUUUUGAUCAGAAACUGUGAUAGAUCACACCUUUACAAUAGUCUUAUCUUUCUUCUGUAGAUAAGUUCCUUUUCUUAAAUUGCCUCAAGUAGAGGUAAAGCUUUAUAAACAACACAAAUGGACAUCACUUCUUCUGUGAACUUUGUUAUACUGAUCCAUCAAAAGGAACUAAUCUGUGCUGUUUGAAAAACAUACAAAGAAACAAAUUAUCCAUGUUAAAGAAACGUUUAAGUAGUUCUAAACAAGAGAUGGGAUUAGAAGGAUUAUAGAAAAGGCUACUCCUAGAUAUGAGUCAUUCUUAAAGAGUGAACUCAUUAGUCACUGAAGUAGUUUCCAUUCAAUCUGUAAAAUAUAUAAAGUGGGCACAGAUGUGGAAGAUACUAAUUUACAACAGGAAAAGAUUUCUUACAAUUUGAAAACUCAACUUCUAUGCAAGCAUUAAGUAACUAAGAAUGUGUAUAUCAUCAUAUGUGUUAAUUCUCUCUCUCUCUCUUCUUUCUCAAGGUUUUCUACUCUCAGUUUCCAAAUCUCUGCAAAAUGUCGAAGAUGAAGAUAUGUUGUUAACUACAUUAAAUCUUGGAAAAACUCUUGGAGAUAGAACUGCUAACAGAGGAGCUAUACCUUUGCUGAAGCACUAUAAGACUGAAGACAGCAGAGUUUUGGAUGAAGAGGAUGACAGAAAUAUGAAAGUUUUGGACACAGGUUCCAGACAUGAUUCCUUAAACCAUAUUAUGGCAAUCAACAUGGGUAGGAAGCAACUACCUUAUCUUGCACUGAAGGCAGCCAUGGCUUUUCCAGCUGACACUGAAAUUCAAAAUACUGAAUCAAUACAGGAAAGGGAUACUGCAGAUGAAAAAAAUUCACCUAAAUUCCCUAUAGGGAGGAGAGAUUUUGACCGUAAGUAUAUCUUUAAUUUACACGGAAAUUACUCCAUUUUUGUUCAACUCUAA